AUGUCUUUCUCCAAAACCACAACCAAGCCUCCCCCACCCCCACGGCUGAAAAGGUCCAUUGGAACAGCGCAACCCCGGGAAUGUCUGCCAGGGAUGUUCAGGUGCAACGACGGCAGGUGCAUUCACUCCCGUCAAGUUUGUGAUGGCGAUGGCGACUGCCGUGACAAGGAAGACGAGCAAACAUGCUGUGGGUGUCCAGAAUACCAUGUUGGCUGCAAGGAUCAUUGUUAUCCCGAGUACGAGCGAUGUGACUUUUGUGGAGAAACUGGCUGCGACGAUGUGACUCCCCCUUGCAAAGAGGGGUAUUUCCAGUGCUCAGAAGGGCGGUGCAUAAGUAACCAUUUCCGUUGUGAUGGACACCAAGACUGCAGUUGGUAUGGAGAAGACGAGAAAAACUGCACCACGUGUAAGGAAUCGUUUCUCUGCCAGACGGGGGAAUGCCUGCCUUAUCACUCGCGCUGUGACGUCACCAAGGACUGCCCGGGCGGGGAAGACGAGAGUCGGUGUGGUAAGUUGCCAGACCGACGUUCACAGACAUUCACAUAUUUUAUUAACUAUUCAGCUGACAAGAAACUAGACUUAUACAGACUAUCAGCAUGA